AUGAGAGAAAUCAAGGACAGGAACCUACGGGAAAAAAUAAUUAACAUGGGGUACGCUUUAAACCAACCAACAUUUCAUUACUAUCGGUCAGAGAUUGGCAUGGCAAAUACAGAUGCUUUAAGGUGGAUUGACAAUAUUCCAGCCGAAAAAUGGACAAGGGAAUUUGACGGGGGUCGACGUUGGGGUCACAUGACUACCAACCUUGUCGAGUCAAUGAAUGUUGUCUUUAAAGGCACACGUAAUUUUCCCGUUAUAGCAUUGGUAAGGGCAACAUAUUAUAGAUUGGGAUCUUUAUUUGCUGGACAAGGUUCAAAGUGGAGUGCUGUGUUGAAUUCUGGCCAAACAUUUACAGACAACUGCCUCAAGGUGAUGAAAGAAGAAACAACAAAAUCCAGCACACAUCAAGUCAAAAUUUUUGACUACGCUAACAAUGUUUUCAGUGUGAAGAAGAUAAUUGACCAUGGUGAGGGGAAGCCUAUAGGACAUUAUAAGGUCGACCUCUUGAACGGGUGGUGUGACUGCGGAAAGUUUCAAGCAUUUUGUGUCCCUUGCUCACAUGUUAUCGCUGCAUGUUCAAAUGUGCGCCACGAGGCUUACGCUCUUUUGUCCGACGUUUAUAAUGUUACGAACCUGUUUGGGGUUUACAGCACAAGCUUUCCAGUGCUGUCGUACGAUGAAUAUUGGCCCGUUUAUGAAGGAGAUCAAAUUUGCCAUAACCCAAGAAUGCGAAGGAACAAGAAAGGUCACCCAGUGAGCACAUGUAUUACAAUGGAAAUUGAUAACUUUGAUAAGCUUGAGAGAAAAUGUUCAAUGUGUCGUCAAACAGGCCACAAUCGAAUCCGGUGUCCCAAUGUGGGAACAAGUAAUCGUUAG